AUCUGAAGUUGUCCCUUCCGAACUUCUAUAGACGAAGAAAAGAUAGAUAGAGAGAGAGAGACUUCUGAUCCAUUCUUCUCCUAAUCGAACCUUGUCGAGAUCGGAAAGAUGACGUCGACGUUCACCGGCGAUGAGACCGCCCCAUUCUUCGGCUUUCUAGGCGCCGCGGCUGCGUUGGUUUUCUCAUGUAUGGGAGCUGCAUAUGGUACCGCAAAGAGUGGAGUUGGAGUAGCUUCAAUGGGAGUCAUGAGGCCAGAAUUGGUGAUGAAGUCAAUUGUGCCUGUUGUUAUGGCUGGUGUGUUGGGUAUCUAUGGAUUGAUUAUUGCUGUAAUCAUCAGUACUGGGAUCAAUCCUAAGGCCAAACCUUACUAUCUUUUUGAUGGUUAUGCUCAUUUGUCAUCUGGUCUUGCUUGUGGAUUAGCUGGUCUAGCUGCAGGAAUGGCUAUUGGUAUUGUGGGCGAUGCUGGUGUCAGAGCUAAUGCGCAACAGCCUAAGCUUUUUGUGGGAAUGAUCCUCAUCCUCAUCUUUGCUGAAGCACUUGCUUUAUAUGGACUUAUUGUUGGAAUCAUCCUCUCUUCCAGAGCUGGUCAGUCGAGAGCAGAAUAAAAGUGGAAUAUCUUGUGAUAUGAAGCUAUUCUUGCUCGAUCGGUUGGUGUGGCUUUCAUUUUUUUAUAUGGUUUUUAUGCUGACAACACAUUCUUUAGGUUUUGAUUAAUCUGUCAUAAUUUAAGAGUUGUCGUUGUCUACUACAAUUGUUGGUUGGUUCGUUUCCUAAUAUUCAUUGUCAUAAUUUGUUCGGUUUUCUUUUAUCGCUUGUCUGAACAAAUAAUUUUAAUGAUUCUAUUGUUUGAUG